AUGCUCGCCCUCCAAAUAAUCCAGUACGUUGGAUUCGUGAGCGCUCAACUCACCAACGCCACGUUGCUCUGCUUGAUUGCCAAGAGGGCGGACCGGAAAAAGUUUGGAAGCUAUCGAUAUUUGAUGCUCGUCUACGCCGCCUACUCGCUCGUUUACGCGUGGAUCGAGGUCGUUACGCAACCGGUAAGCGGGACAUUUUGAUCCGAUCGGGACCAAAAUAGAAGUGUGUAACUGUAACCCGUAACCAGAGUUGAGCGGAAAAACUCAACGAAAGAACACGGAAGAAUUUUUAUCUUUUUUUGAAAAUUUUUUCAUGGAAUGUGAUCAACUGACGAAAUGUUCAGCAAAGUGAACUGUGCUCAUAGAAAAAUAAUUGUGAAUUUAGCUUUUCAUACAAAAAAGUUAUUCCUUCCGUCUUCCCCGUUAGCCGCCUUUUUUUCACGGAACAACUCAUAACUUUUUUGUAUGAAAAGCUAAAUUUACAAUUAUUUUUCUAUGAGCAGAGUUCACUUUGCUGAACAUUUCGUCAGUUGAUCACAUUCCAUGAAAAAAUUUUCUAAAAAAGAUAUAGAAAUUCUUCCGUUGAGUUCUGCCGUUGGGUUCUUCCGCUCAACUCUGCCCGUAACCCUUCAAUUUACGCGCGAUUACAAAGAAGAACAUGAUUACCAAAACAGGGUACAAUUGACAGCCGGUGUACCCUGUACCGAACUAGAAAACAAUUGAAUAGUUAGGUGCUAAUCCCCCCCUCUUUUGAGACCGAAAUAAAGACAGUCUAGGACAGACGGGUGCCAGAAGUCUGUUCUGGAAGUUCAGCCUCGUUAGUACUUCCCAACCGAGUACUUGGAUUAAUCGAAUAUGAAUAAGCUGUAAGGGGGUGCCGAUUCCGUGCCUGCUACGCGCUGAACCCUUGCCACAACCCUGCUCCCGUGCCGCUCAAAAACCUUGCUUCCCUCCCAUCCCACUCUUUUCUGUUGUACGCCCUAUCCAUGCUGAUGCCAUGCCGGAUCCGUGCGUGACACACGCUCACCCCAUGCUACCGUAGCAACUUGCUGUUCGCUUGCCGCUCUCUCUCGUGUGUCUCCGCACUUUAAGUUCGCUAACAUCACAGAACACUGAUGCCAUUAGAGUGCGUAAAGUACAGUGUCUGGGGGGUGAAUUCGGCUCAACACGACAAAUUUUCGGCGGGCCGAAGAUCACACCGCGUUUGCAGGUAAUGCACAUCUUGCCGCCCGUCUACGUCGUCUACAUGGACAGUCCGUUAAAGUACGAAAAGUGGAUUGGCAAAUUUAUCACGUGUAGGUGCCGAAUACCGCAAAAUUGUAGGCUCCACUCCAACAUUUAGGCCUAUAUUGUGGCUCGUUCGCCGGCGUCAUUUCACUACUCGCCGCUCAGUUUCUCUAUCGAUUUGUGGCUGUUUGUAGGCGAGUCAAGCGUGUUUUUUAAAAGUACAUUUAGUAUUUAAAUCCUUUACAGACCCUAUAACUUGCACAAAAUAGAGAACGGCAGACUUUACAAACUCAUCCUUCCCUGCCUAUUCUAUUUCGUCGCCUGGUUCGAAUUCAUCUUCUGGGGAAUGGAGAACACUCGCGAGAAGCAGGAAUAUCUACGGUGAUCGCACUGAGAGACUGAUUCGACAAUAUCGGUGCCAAAAUGUUUAGGGAGGAGCUCAAAACCUAUUACAACGAGGAUUCGACCCGCGUUUCGUUCAUCGCCGGCAAAUAUUGGCGCGUUUCGGAGGAGGGCCACAAAAUUUGGAACGUUUUCGAGAUUUUCUGCACUUUGGGUUGUGUUUUUAUUAUUGUCAGCCUACAAUAUCUCAAUUCGUGCGCAAAAAACUGUGAUAUUGUAGACGUCCUGCUUCUCGACCAUUGUUUAUUGUGCCUCGCACAUUUACACAUCCAUCAAGGGCACCGCUAGUCUUAUGAGUCACAAAGCGUUGGAUUUGAAUCGCCAACUUUUGGCCACACUCACUUUUCAGGCAACUUUCCACGUGAUUCUUAUAUGCUCGCAUUCGUUGCAGACAGUCCUUCCAUUUUUCAUGAUGUACAGUCCGGUGGGCCUUCUGCUCACCCUUCCGAUCUUUCAAGUUCACGUCGGAAGAUUCGCCAAUUUCACCGGCGCCAGUCUGGCCGUUUAUCCGUCGCUCGAGCCGCUCGUCGCCAUUUUUUGCAUCAAAGAUUUUCGCGCGGCAGUGUUCGGUGAGUCGAGCUUUGAGAAUAACAACAAAAAAAACGACAACAAGUUCAGGCCGUUCUGAAAAGAAAAUCGCGCUUCAACCAAUCGGCACCUUAACGUCUAUACCUUCUUGA